CCAUCAGCGAGUCACUUAGAGGUGCAAACAGCAACAAAUGCAAGAAUAACUCGCGGUGUGACCAGCAUAACUUUCUUCGGCCAGUUCAGUCAGUUGGCAAUCCGCUGCGAAUAAUUCUCGAAAUUCCGUUGACAGAAGACAACGAGAAUUCUGGCCAUUCCAACAUUCAGAAGAACGAUGUUCAAGAAAGUGCAAGUGCUGCGUUGAACCGUAAAAAUCCUCCAAGUCGGCCACUCCUCGAAUGUGACCAGUGAAAAAUAUGUGAUCUCACGUGAAUUUCGGUGACCCCGACGAGAGAUCAAGAAGGACACGACCGCAUUUUCAGGAUCUACGGCUAUGCGCAUAUGAGUUGACUGACUUCGGAGAAAAUGUUUAAAAAAUGAGCUACUUCAAGCGAGGCGUGAUUUUCAUAACGUUUUUCGUGGCCUGCAUCUCGGUGGCCUUGCUGGUGGCCAGUUUGGGGACGAAACACUGGGUCGAAGCAAGGGCGAAGCGAGUGAAAAACCCGAUAGAAAGCGACGGAAAAAUACAUUUCGGUCUGUUCAACGGAAAGAAGGAUCUGAACGUGGCAUACGGGUGGAGGUCCUACGAUAUCGACGUUACGUACCUGGUUAGAUACGAGCCAGAAUUUUUAAUGUAUGGCGUUUGGAUAGGAACAGUGCUCGCAGUUUGCGCAGGACUAUUUUUUUCUGGACUUAGUGCUGUGUUUGCAGCUGUCAAUACUGCUACGACAACCUCCAGAUGUUUGACCAGUGUGUCUGGAUUAUAUUUCUGGAAUUUAUCGGCGGUUGUGUGUGAUGUCAUAGCAAUCUGUUUAUGGACAGCACAGUUUUAUCUGAACAUUAAGUACAGUGUUUUAUCUAGAGAAGACAAAGACAACGAAUGGACUUCGGAAAAUAUGGCUGAACUAGGAUAUUCCUUUUGGUGA